AUGCGCUGCCACCAAGUAUUUCGGUUUGUGUUCUUUGUAUCAGCAUCUUUCGGCAACCCAGUGCCGUCUUAUACAUUGAAAGGAGCCCUGGAUGUGCCGGAAAUCUUUACGAAGCUAUUCAAAACAUCCACAAGUCGUGCUCCCUUUAGCACAAAUAUAUAUCAAGAGCUAUUUCAGCUCGAAGCCAAGAUAUCAGACAUCGCAACAGGCAAAAUCAAGCCCGUCCCAACAAUCGAAGAAGGCCUCUCAGUCCUGGCCUCAAUUCCACGCACUAAUAACCGAACAAUCCUCCAAAAUGCCAUUGAUAUAGUAUCUCUAGGUCUAGUACCAACAAACAUCAUCGACAUCCUCAAUGGCAUAACAAACCACGAAAUAAACUCCGUAGCCAACAACAACACAAAGGACCCAAGUCCUCGAAUCCACCCAACAAGAUCCUUCUGGGACGCACCCUACGACAUCCCCGAAGAAGCCCUCCGCAGCGCAAUCUACAUUCCCCCAACCUUCUCCUACGGGAAAAACAACAAAAUCCCCGUGCUCCUGGUCCCAGGAACUGCUGACCCAGCCGGCAGCACCUACUACUUCAACUACGCGAAGCUCUUCAAGGCAAACCCACAGACAGACCCAGUAUGGGUCAACAUCCCGGGCAACUCGCUAGGCGACAUCCAAAGUAACGCAGAAUACGUCGCAUACGCAAUAAACUACAUUUCUGGACUCUCGCAGCGUCCGAUCGGGGUGCUAAGCUGGUCGCAGGGUAGCUUAGACGUGCAAUGGGCGCUGAAAUACUGGCCGUCAACAAGAGCCGCGGUAAGCGACUUCAUGGCAGUAAGUGGUGAUUUCCACGGGACAGUUCUUGCGACGCUGUGUAUGCUUGUUACACCGGUUUGCUCGCCGGCUGUACAGCAGCAGGGGUAUGACACGAUGUUUAUUCGGGCUCUGCGUGGCGAAGGCGGGGAUUCGGCGUUUGUGCCGACGACGAGCGUGUACUCUGGGAAUGACUUUAUCAUUCAGCCGCAGAGUGGGGGGUGGGCUUCUGCGGCACUGGAGGAUGUGCGUGGGGUUGGGGUGUCAAAUGUGCAGGUGCAGGUUGCUUGUGCGGGGCGUGCUGCUGGGGGGUCUUAUUCGCAUUCGGCUAUGUUGGUUAAUCCGUUGGCGUAUGCUUUGUUUGUUGAUGCUUUGGUGCAUGAUGGGCCUGGGCGGUUGGAAAGGAUUAAUCUUGAUGCCGUUUGUGGGGAGUCACUUGCGCCUGGUUUGGAUGUGGAUGCUUUUUUGGGGAUGGAGGCUGUGUCGAAUGUGAUUGGGGUGCUUGAUGUGUUGUUGUAUGGGUAUAAUGGGAAUGAAGAGCCGCCGCUUAGGGGCUAUGUUUAUCACUAG